ACUUUGGUGUCAUGGAGGAACUCAUGAUCACAGUCCAGCCAUCAUUGCCACCGAGACGACCAUGGAUGGACCCUCUGGGAACCUGUGGUUGAGGGGCUUCCCAGGACAUCAACCCUGCUUCUACUGGUGCUACCAAGACUGUGGGCAAGGUCAUCCUGAGCUGAAUGGGAAGCUCAUUGGCAUGGCCUGCUGUGUCCCCACCCCCAAUACAUCAGCUGUGGAUCUGACCUGCCACGUGGAGAAAGCUGCCAAAUAUGAUGACAUCAGGAAGGUAGUGAAGCAAGCCUCAAAGGGCCCCUUCAAGGGCAUGCUGGGCUAUACUGAGAACCAGGUUAUCUCUUGUGACUUUAACAGUAGCAUCCACUCCUCUACCUUCGAUGCUGAGGCUUGCAUUGCCCUCAAUGACCACUUUGUCAAGUUCACUUCCUGUUAUGACAAUAAAUUUGGCUGCAGCAACAGGGUGGUGGACCUUAUGGUCCACAUGGCCUCCAAGGAGUAAAAGCGCCCUGAACCACCAGCUCCAGCAAGAGGAAGAGAGGCCCUCAGCUGCUGGGGAGUGCUUGCUCCAAAUCAAUCCCCCAGCAUACUGAGAAUCUCCUAACCUUCACAGUUUCCACCCCAGACCCUCUGAAGAAGGCAAGUGGCUUGAGGAGCUUACUUGUUAUCAUGUACCAUCAAUAAAGUUCACUGUAUCUCCCCCUCACCUGAAAGAUAGUAUGAAUGGUGGGCGCUCACAACUUUAAUGCACACAAAAAGUCUUUAUUUCAUACAUCAUAAUUGAAACACUUAAUUGCAUCCAAUUUCACACUAAGUGUAAUACCUUUACAAGUUCUCUUAGUUUUCUCUUAUACCUUAGGUCUCCUUUUGCUAAUGGGCAUACAAAAUAAAUAAAAAUAAGGGACAGGCACCAACAGACACAGUUCAAAGCUAUGGUGCUUAACACUGCAAUGCAGAGUAUAGCUCCUAGGGAAGGACUUUAGCAGAGUCAUUCUUGCUGCUAAGGGUCCACACCGCCUCUACAAUGACUCCCUGCCAAACAAACACUGAAUAGUAUUUUCAAUUUUUGCCUUUUUUUAUAAAAGC